AUGUCAACAUUAGCAGAUAGAUUUUUGGAUGAUUUUAAUGAUGUUGAUGAAUCAUUAAUAAAUUUAAACACAAACAAUAAUGAAACAACCAAAACAACAACAACUUCAAACAAUUCGUUAUCAAACGAUUUUUUAGAUGAUAUGGGCGAAAGUGACGAGGAUGAAAAUAUGGACGAGGCACAAGAUGAAGAUGGCGAAAAAGUAGACCCAAAUGAUUUAUUAUUGGGUGACCAAGAUGACUUAAUGAUUAAUGACGAAAUGAUCGAAAAGAAACAGAACGAUUUAAUUAAAAAAUAUAAAGAUGCACCAAUCGAAUCAAUUGCAAAGUUAAAUGGGUCACCAAGAUUAGCACAGUUACUCGAUCGUAUAGAUAAUCAAAUGAUGAAACCAUUACCCGAAAAAGGUGUUAAAACCGGUCAAGAUAGUGAGGAACAUAAAUUAAUUGUAGAUUGUAACCAAAUGGCUCAAGAAAUUCAACACGAAAUUUACUUAAUCCAUAAAUUUGUUAGAGAUAGAUAUUCAAAGAAAUUCCCAGAGUUAGAAAGUUCUGUACAGAAUGCUUUAGAUUAUAUUAAUGUUGUAAAAAGAAUUAAAAAUGAAAAUGAUUUAUCAAGUGUCGAGUUAAAUGAUUUAUUACCAAAAUCAACUAUAAUGGUAUUAUUAGUAACAUUAUCAUCAACUACAGGUAAAAAUUUGACAGAAGAGGAUUUAAAAAAAGUUUUAGAUGCAUGCGAAAUGGGUUUAGAGUUGGAUAGUAAGAAAAAGAGAAUUUUAAAUUAUUUAGAAAGUAGAAUGUCAUAUAUAGCACCAAACUUAUCAGUUUUAUUGGGUAGUAGUAUUGCAUCGAAAUUAAUAGGUAUUGCAGGUAGUAUUAUUCAAUUAUCAGUAAUUCCAGCAGGUCAUUUACAAACAUUUGGUGCAGAUAAAAAGUCAUUAGCAGGUUUUAGUGGUAUAAAUAACAGAAAGUUCCAAUCUGGUUUAAUCUCACAAUGCGAUAUUAUAAAGCAAGCACCACCACAUCUUCAAGUUAAGGCAAUUCGUGUACUUACAUGUAAAGUAUCAUUGGCUGCAAGAAUUGAUGCUCAACAAGAAUCAUCGUUUUAUGGAGAAAUGGGACGUCAAUAUCGUGAUAAGGUUUUAGCAGAUAUAGAGAAAUGGCAAGAACCACCACCACAAAAACAAGAAAAGGCAUUACCAGCACCAGAUGAUCGUCCUAAAAAAAGAAGAGGUGGUGCUAGAGCAAGAAGAUAUAAAGAGAAAUAUAAGGUCACAGACAUUCAAAAAGCAAAGAACCGUAUGGCAUUCAAUGUCGAAGAGAAAACUAUUGGUGACACAGGUAUUGGUUUGGGUAUGCUUGGCGGUGAAAGUGGUAGAGUUAGAUUGGUCGCCCAAGAGAAAGGUAUUUUAAAGAAACAAAAGAAAUUCGAACAAAAAUCAUAUGGUGGUACUGGUACUCAAACAAGUAUUAGUGGCCUUUCAAGUGUUGCUAUUACUCCAGCACAAGGUCUUCAAUUGCAAGUUUCUCAAAAUACUCGUGAACAAUCAAAUAAAACUGAAAAAUAUUUUUCUUCAACAGGUUUUAAAAGAAAAUAA